AUGGUUCGUUACACUGACAUCAGAGCAUCUAACACACUCAUCAAUGACUCGACAGCUCCGCGCAUCGCCGUCUUCGUCGGAGGUACAGCGGGCAUCGGCCAAUUGACGAUCAAAGCUCUUGUCGCGACUGGUGCAAGCGUCCGGAUCUAUCUCAUUGGACGCAAGAGUUCCAACGACCGGGCGCAUGUCUUUAUGAAAGAAUUGCAAUCUACCAACCCCAACGCGGAGGUCAUCUGGAUCGAAGGCGAGGUCUCCCUUCUGACAGACGCCAAGAGAGUGUGCGAAGUCAUUAAGAGCAGAGAGAAACAUGUCGAUUUGCUCUUCCUUACCACGGGCUAUGCGCCCUUUGGGCCGCGCGAGGAGACGGCCGAGGGCAUCGAGAUCACGCUGAGCUUGGGCUAUUUCUCGCGGAUGAUGUUUGUCUUGCAGCUUCUCCCAUUGCUCCGACAGGCUGAGGCGGCAAGGGUGGUCAGCGUGCUGGGCGGUGGUCUGAUGGAGAGGCCGACCAGCAUUGACCUGGACGAUCUGGCUUUGGAAAAGCCUGGGAGAUUUGGACCGAUCAAGUCUCAGAUGCUGUCCGCCACUAUGAACACGGCGACGCUGGAUAAAUUAGCGGCGGACAGCCCUGGUGUGACUUUUAUCCAUUCUUACCCUGGUUGGGUGGACACGGGGAAUGUUAGGAGAGGCUUCGAGCCAAAUUCUUGGAAGGCCUGGGUCGCAUGGCUUUUCCUAGAGCCUCUGAUUUACCUCUUCUCUUUCAGUGACAAAGAGUCUGGUCAGCGGCACCUAUUCCUGAGUACCAGCGCAUAUUACGGAGGUCGAGGGGUGCCGUGGAUGGGCAAGGCUGGCGUGAACACAUCCGGGAAACCAAUGAAUGGUCUGUUUCUCGCCAACUACAGGAACGACUGUACGCUGAAUGCAGGCGUCUUAUCGGUCUUGCGAGAGAAGUCCACGGAAAUGAUCUGGAAACACACGCAGGAGGUUCUUCAACCGUAUUUGUAA